UAUAAAAGAGAGGUUACCUUCCAUAGUCUCUUCACCAAUCAGCCUACAACCACUUUAGUAACAUUCCUUAGUCCUUACAACCAGAUUAAUUUCUGCUUUGUUGUUUCUUUAAUCACCUUUCUUAUCUCUCAUUACCAUGUCUGAGGAGAAGCACCACCACAGCCACCACUUUCACCACCACAAGGAGGAAAAACCAGCCGGAGAAAUGACCAAACAAGACUAUGAGAAACAAGUGAAACACCACAAACACUUAGAACAUGUCGCCAAGCUAGGUACUGUAGCUGCUGUUACUGUUGCUCGGCAUGAGAAGCAUAAGGCCGAGAAAGACCCAGAGAAUGCUCACACUCAUAAGAUCAAAGAGGAGAUUGCAGCAACAGCUGCAGUGGCUAGUGUUGGAUUUGCAAUCCAUGAGCACCAUCAGAAGAAAGAUGCUAAGAAGGAAAAAGAAGCAUCUUUCGGCAAGAAACACCAUCUCUUCUGAAAGUCAUUUCUUUAGUUCUUCUCCCCACCCCCUUAAUUUAUUUGCUUUUCUGUGAGAGAUGAGGGUGGGUGAGAUGUAUCCUUGUAGUUAAAUCAAAUUUAGGCUCACCCUUCAAUUUGAUUAAUGUUUCUCUCUUUGUGGCCCUAUUAAUAAAUGUAUCUUAGCUACUGUUUUAUUUAUUGGGUUAUAUAUACAACUUUUUUUUUUU